ACGCGCAGUGUUCAUUAAUGAUGCACCGUGGGAUUGCAGAAUAUUGACAUAGCAACCGGGCGACAGAGCCACAAAGAUUGUUCACUCCCUGCGACUUUCUGCUGUGUCUUCUGCGACUCAACUAACUUAGCUUUACUUUCUCCUGCUGCCAUGAACGGGACAGUGGUAAAGAAGACCCAGGACACGCUGGGUAAAGUCAUAAAGAAACCGCCUCUCACGGAGAAACUGCUAAGCAAGCCGCCGUUUCGAUACCUACACGACAUCUUCAGCGAGGUUAUAAGGACCACAGGUUUUAUGAAAGGCCUGUAUGGAGAAAAUGAAAUGAAGUCAGAUAACGUUAAGGAUAAGGAUUCUAAGAUACUCUUCCUCCAGAAAGCGAUAGAUGUUGUGAUGCUGGUGAGUGGCGAAACCCUGGCGGCAAAGCCAGCGCGCAUUGUUGCCGGCCAUGAGCCUGAGAAAACCAAUGAGCUGCUGCAGGCCAUGGCCAAGUGCUGCCUCAACAAGCUGUCCAGUGAUGAUGCAGUGAAGAGAGUGCUUGCAGGAGAAAAGGUAGACAUGAAGACCAAGGCCACUACCUCCAGGUCACAGGACAAGGAAAAUAGAGAGGGACGUGAACGUCACCUGGAUAGAGAGGAGAAGAAAAAGAUUACAGAGCGCAGCGGGAGCCGGGAUCAGAAGGACCCAGACCAGCCCAAAGAGCAGGAGAGCCAACGCAGAGAUGGGGAGAAAGAGGACCACCGCGACAGGGAGCGCUCUGACAAGCACCACCGCACUGAACAAGACCACCGUGCUAAAGACCUUGAGAAAGACAAGAGCCGUGACCGUGAGCGAGACAAGGACAAAGACAAAGGACGAGCCAAAGACAAGGAGAAGGACAGAGAGAGGGAUAGGGAAAGGGAAAAAGACAAGGAGAGAGACAAAGACAGAGAAAAAACAAGAGAUAGGGAUUCUCACAAAGACAGGGAAAGAGACAAGGACAAACGAAGAGACAGAGACAAAGAGAGAGAGCGACACAAAGCGGGGGAAGAGAGGAACAAAAGUGGAGAGAGUGGCAAUAGCAAGGCCAGAGUAUCAGAGGAACCACAGCAGAAACCCAGCUCUGAAGAGCCUAGCAAAACAGCCAAACCUGUGCCAGUGCCGGCAGAAGCAGUUGAGAACCAGUCUGAUAGUCCAGCUAGAAUACCCCGGCCAUCAUCUGCCAAAGGGCAGAGGCGGAGACCCAAAAUUGGAGGUCAAGAUGAAUCUGACAGUGAGGGAGAGGGAGAGGCUCACUUAGCCCAGAGGCCUGCCCCCCAGGAAAAUGGAGAUACUGCAGGCUCCUCAGUGCCAUCCGACGUGGCCUCCAGCAACAGGCGAAUACCAAGACCAAGCAGUGCACGCCCAGCGCCUCCACGAGUCAAGAGACAGGAAAGUUACACUGACGUAACCCCAGCUGAGAGGCUGUCUAGUGCCAAGCCCUCAGCGCCUGUCAUCAUGGAUGGGAAGAAGCUGUCUGAGGACGAGGAGGAUGAAGAUGAGCAAUUUGUUGUGGAGGAGGCAGUCCCUCCAGCUUCAGAUGUUGCUGAGAUGGAGGUGGAGCCUCCACAAGAACUCAACAGUGAAGACAAACAUGGUGGCCUUGUGAAAAAGAUCCUUGAGACCAAGAAAGACUAUGAAUCAUCCCCAUCCUCCCCAAAAUCUAAAGAACAGCGUGAGGUGGCUUACGCUGUCUGCUUUGGGUGGUCCUCGCCACUGAAGCAUACUCUCCCGGCAUCCCUUCCUAGCUGACCACCCUGACUCUGAUGGAUGCACUGUUUUUGGACUGCCACUCAUGCAGAAAGGCCCCUGAUAUAUCCCCUCCUAACUGCGGCCUCAGACAUCAUCCUUCGUAACUCACACCUGAAGUUGACUCAGUGUAGCCACCAGUAAACUGAAUUAGCCUGAAAGGAAUUUCAGUCCCGUGUUCAACACCAACCUUACAUGAGUUUUUACAAAACAUUUGUCAUAAAGGAGCUGAUCUAAACACGAUUAUAAGGCCAAACAAACAUCCAUAACAGCAGAGCUCUUUGUGUAACAUGAGCAUAGCCUUGUAGAGCUCCUAAUUUUCCUAAUUUUCCUAAUGCAGCCUCCUCAGCUUUCAAACCUUCAUUUCAGGGUAUCCUGGUGUGCAUGGGGAGCUUAGAGCAGGUAUGUCUGCACAUAGGAACGGUUCAGUCCACCCCUCCAUCAUUAUUGGCCUUGCCUCGUCAGCUGUAUAAAGAACUAUAAUGACUUCCUUCCAGACAUGAAAGAGUGGAGAAGUCAGCUUAAUGGAGUCAUGUUUUUUUCUUGUAAUCAUGGUAAAACAUGCAGGGACAAAAAUGUAAAUAUUGAGCUUCCUCGUUCUACGUGGUAUGACAGGUUUGAAAUUUCAGCUGCCGCAAUUCAUUUUCUUAAACACCAAAGUUUAUCCAAACACUGUGUCCGAAUAAGUCACAAAUCACCCUGAUUCAAUAUUAAACAACAUGUUUAGUGCAGAAAUGUUGUCCUUUAGAUCAUUUUGUAUAUUUUAUGAAAAUUCAGCCUAUAAUCUGUUAUCCCCAUUCUAAUUUAUGUUCUUCCUCGUUUCUGAAUUCAUUUCGCUGUUGUUCAUUCCAGUGCCCAGCUGCGCCUCUGCUGCACUGAUGUAAAUAAAGGGAAUUCUUAAACAGUCAGAUGAUUGUAUUUUGCCAUGUCCCACCGCAGUGUGUGUGAGACUGAAGAAUUUGCUGUAUAUUUAUGGGGAUGACCUUCCUUGUGACCCCUUUGGCAGUAUUGUAUAUUAUUCCAAGAUACUUCUCUUUUUAUUUAGACAGAAUCUGCCCCUUGCAGCAGCUGCGUUUUCAUAAGAAUUUUUGUGUACUCUUUUUUUUUUUUUCCCCCCCUUUUCUUUACCCCCAUCAAAUUAGCCUUGAUGAAGGUUUGUAAUGUAUAAAUAAACCCUGUGGCAUACAAAUGGAUGGCUGUUGAGUGAGAGUCACGGAGGAGAAGGGCCAGAAUACUCUCUGCAGAAUUGUCAAGAAAAUAAAUACUCCUCUCUGCAGACCUCUGUGUCUUCAUAAACAUCCAGCGUUUUUUGUGGAAACAUAAGGAAAUGACCCCGUGGCAUUCCAUUAGUCAUAUUACUUUUGCAGAGAUCAUAUUGACUUGAUUGAGGAAUUUGGUCAGGUUCAUGAGGAGUACCUGCCUGAAGCAAGCACCCACAAUCUGUUAUCUCAAACCUUGACAAAACGUGAUCAGAAAUCGUAUCUUGUUUUUAAAAAGCAUUUUCCAUUUUCAGUUACUGCAGUGUAGGCAGUAGUCCCUUUCAAAGUUUCCUUUCAGUUCACCCUGUAACCCAGGGUGGUGAUCUCAGUUGUCUCCCCAGUGGCCUAGCAACAACAUCCUGUAACCUUGCUGGCUUUUCUCUUCACUUCACUGACUCCCAGCUAUUUUUAUGAUCUAGCUAGACUUUUGAAUGGCCUUCCAUGAAAAAUAGUGAGGAAGCCCAUAAAUAACAUCCAGAGCUCAUUCUCAUCCUAUGUCUCACUCCCUGACUCACCUGUUCAACAUUCUACAGGAACACAUUUUCUAAAACAUCAGGAUGUGCAUCAGUGUCUUCAAAUGUUGUUCUGGGUGUUCUUCAAUGAUCUAUAAUCCCCACUGAUAAAUCCUAGUCUUGCUGUGUCACAAUUUAACUUGAUUAAACUCAAUUGUGGGAAGCUUUAAUGAGAGGUUUCAGCACUCUCAUCCUCCAGCUUGGACCAAAGUGAAUCUAAUUAAUGAAGAGUAAUGAUUGAAUGAAGCUUCUUCUUUCCUUAGGAAGCUGAUCUUUUGCCAUCAAUUAGUCAUCUAGUGUCUAAAUGAUUGUUUUUCCAGCUAAUGAUACCCUAGAGGUUGAUCUACUGCUGACAGGCUGUAUGCGUGCUCACCAUUUUUCUUGUCAGAGGAUACUUUGAAGAAUUUCCUCUUGCCUCAGAAAAUCCCUAUAAGCAGUCCAUAAAUAACAUUUUCGCACAGAUUUCCUAAUUAGGCUGAUUAGCCAUGUGAUGGCUGAGUGAAUUUCAAAUUGUAAUGUAUCUCAUGGUGUUACAGUACAUACAUGAGAAUUUCAUUCCAUUGUCGCUUCUUUGAAGGAGACCCAAGCAGAGAGUUUCUAGUUCAAAUGAAAGACUUUAACUCAACAAUAUAGAUGCUGAUGAAAAGAAAAUGAAAGUACUUAUUUAUGUACUUUUACAAGAUGAAAGCAUCACGAUUUGCCUCAUAUUAGUCCACCUGCCCAUUCUAGCACCAGCCAGAGGCUGUGUCUUCCCCAUUGCCUGGGGCUUUCAUCACUGUCUGAGAUAAUGGGAAAACCUGCCCCCCUCCUACUCCUCUGUUCUCACCACGUCUAAAUAUUGUUCUGUGAUCUGGGUGAGAAAAAGGAAAACUAGGAGCACACAGGUCUCGUAGACCCCGACAGAGACCUCCAUAAAGCUGUGAUUUAUAUCCACCCGGACAGAGUGCACACGAACCAGGGGUCAUGUUUUCACGCCAAGUUUU